AUGGACAGCUUCUUUAAGGCUGCGGUGUGUGACCUGGACAAGCUGUUGGAUGAUUUUGAGCUCAAUACAGGUUGGACACGGGUUACUACAGUCUGAAACAAUGUAUUCGGGUAGCAUGUUUGUCUUUUCUGUAUGUGGGGGGGGAAGGUCUGAGGGGUGUAGUGUUAAGUGAAAAUAAAUAUAUUUUAAAAACUAGUUGAAACUUGUGGUGUACUUUGUAGUUGCUGACUUAAAACUUGUUGCUCACUUGUUAUGUUGAGAUAUUAACAACAGAACUGAUUAACGGAUACUUAUCUCUUCCCUUCCCCACAAGAUGAGCAUGAGUGCAGAUCAGUCUCCCUGUCGCCUCCCUCGUAUCCCGGCCACUCUCUGGGCGCCCAGGGUUUCCUUCCGGAACCCUCCAAAGUUCCAGUUCUACACUCUCUCCCUGACCUCAACUCCCUGCACUAUGGCUCUGCAUCCAGCUGCACCGACCAUCCUAGCCCCAGCCCCAGCCCCAGUCCUGGGGAGCGUGAGACCAAGGGCCGGCCCCUCACUGGGGUGGACCUGCUCUCCUCUGUAGACGGCCGGGGGUCAGCUAAGAGCUCUGCACCGCCCUGCCCAGACCGGGCCCUGAAGCCUGUGUGUGAUCUGGUCAGUGACACAGGCUCAGCCCACCUUCUCCUCCGGGCCAACAGCCACAACGCCUUCAGUAAGCUGGACGUGGCAGAGAGGCAGCUGGAGGAGGAGGAGUUGCUGGUGGACUUCACCAUCCCCGUGGUGGCUCUGCCUAGGGAUGCCUCAGCAGGCCUGGGUCUGGGUCCCGGACAUGGGAGGACUGAGGGGAGGGAGACUCUCGCCGGGGGAGGGGAGGUGCUGCUGGGGCUGGACUCUGGUGGUUACGCUGCCUCUCUCAGGCUGCUCGAUGUGAUUCUGCCCGCUGCUGUGGAGAGAGCCUGUGAGCCCACGGAUCACCCCUCGCUGAGAAACUCUGAGUCUGGAGAGACAGAGGGAGAGAUAGACAGAGAGGAGGCAGGCAUAGAGGUGGCCCUCAUCAACUAUCAACUGGAGAACUCACCUGAUCACCAGGACCAGCCUGUAGUCCUGCCUGUUGCCAUGGACACCAAGACAGAGGACACUCCCAUGUAUGAUAUCGCCACAGAUGUCAGGGAUGAGGGUGAGGGGUCUUUGGAACGCUCUGAGCUGGCUGAAGCAGAGAGCUCUGGGAGCUGCACUGGACAGGAACCUAACUCUGAGGACUGCAGUGGUGGUGUGUCCGAGAGCCCCUCAGCCCUGUCCUGCCUGCCCAUGGCCGUGUCCAUGUGCAGGGCCUUGGUGGCCUCCAAGAACCCUGAGGAGGCCAUUGGAGGAGGGGUAGAGGAGAAGGCUGAGGCUGUCCCAACUGAGACCUUAGCGGCAGAGUCCCUGUCUGCCUCCAAGGUGCAGGAGGAAGUGAGUCUCCCAGAGAACCCUGGGACUGUUGAGGACUGUACCAGCCCUGAUUCUGUCCCUGAGGACCACUCUGUCCAGUCACCUAAUCCAGAGAGCCAAGAGAUGAUGACCAUGCCUUUCCACCUGGCUGUCUCAGCUCCCCCCGUCUCCCAGCGGUCAUUUCCCCCCGUCUCCCAGGUCAGCUUCUCCCCAGUGGAGGUCCAGCCGGCCCCCAUGGCUCAAGAGCGCCCUGCAUCCCCUCCCUCAGAGCCCAGCCUAAGCCCAGUGGACCCCCCUGAGUUUGGCUUUGAGUACCUGCCGGAGAGCGACCAGGCUGGGCUGCUGGUGACGGAUGAAGAGCUGGAUGCUUUCCUCCGGGGGGAAGCCCAGGGCCAGGAGCACCAGGGGGUCCCUCACUGCGAGAGGCCCGGGGAGAACCUCCAGGACGAGGGCUUCUCUGAGCUCAAUGGGGACCUGGAGGAGCGGCUGGUGGAGGAGGAGCUGGAGAGCUACAGCCGGAGCCGAGGGGAGGGGCUGGCCUCCCCGGAGAGCGACAGGACCUUGUCCGCUUCUGCAGAGGGGAGUGUGAGCCCAGCCCUCUCCAUGCCCUCCCAGGACCCCAGUAGUCCCAGUAACCUCCCACCACCCUACUUCGGAGGGGCCCGACCCAAACAGCUGCACUGCCAAGUACCCAGGGCACCUCCAGCAGUAGGGGAGGACCAGGGUCCCAGUAGCCCCACAGACAGCACCGACCCUGGGGAGGAGGUCGACCAGAGCCCCUCUCCUCCCAGCCCCAUCCCUGCUCAGGACCCCGCUAAACUGGGUGUGCCCUGCCCAGGGUACUCCCCACCGGAGCGCUAUGAGAGCAGUGUGGGGUACAACGAGCUGUCGGAGCCCCCACCCUACCCUGCUGAGGAGGGGUCCGGGUCCUCAGAGGGUAAGGAGGUGGAGGAUGAGAAUGGGCUGGGGUGCAAGCAGCCCCCCUGGGUGCCAGAUUCAGAGGCUCCCAACUGUAUGAACUGCUGGCAGAAGUUCACGUUCACCAGGAGGAGGCAUCACUGCCGGGCCUGUGGGAAGGUAAGUAGCUAGAUCCGUCCAUGAAGGGACUUUUCUUUACCCUAAUUUCUAGGGUCAUAUUUUGCCCUAUUGAUAACAUUUGUGGUGUUUUGACGAUACAGUGGGGAUAAAAAGUAUUUAGUCAGCCACCAAUUGUGCAAGUUCUCCCACUUAAAAAGAUGAGAGAGGCCUGUAAUUUUCAUCAUAGGUACACGUCAACUAUGACAGACAAAUUGAGGAAAAAAAUCCAGAAAAUCACAUUGUAGGAUUUUUAAUGAAUUUAUUUGCAAAUUAUGGUGGAAAAUAAGGAUUUGGUCACCUACAAACAAGCAAGACUUCUGGCUCUCACAGACCUGUAACUUCUUCUUUAAGAGGCUCCUCUGUCCUCCACUCUUUACCUGUAUUAAUGGCACCUGUUUGAACUUGUUAUCAGUAUAAAAGACACCUGUCCACAACCUCAAACAGUCACACUCCAAACUCCACUAUGGCCAAGACCAAAGAGCUGUCAAAGGACACCAGAAACAAAAUUGUAGACCUGCACCAGGCUGGGAAGACUGAAUCUGCAAUAGGUAAGCAGCUUGGUUUGAAGAAAUCAACUGUGGGAGCAAUUAUUAGGAAAUGGAAGACAUACAAGACCACUGAUAAUCUCCCUCGAUCUGGGGCUCCACGCAAGAUCUCACCCCGUGGGGUCAAAAUGAUCACAAGAACGGUGAGCAAACAUCCCAGAACCACACGGGGGGACCUAGUGAAUGACCUGCAGAGAGCUGGGACCAAAGUAACAAAGCCUACCAUCAGUAACACACUACGCCGCCAGGGACUCAAAUCCUGCAGUGCCAGACGUGUCCCCCUGCUUAAGCCAGUACAUGUCCAGGCCCGUCUGAAGUUUGCUAGAGUGCAUUUGGAUGAUCCAGAAGAGGAUUGGGAGAAUGUCAUAUGGUCAGAUGAAACCAAAAUAGAACUUUUUGGUAAAAACUCAACUCGUCGUGUUUGGAGGACAAAGAAUGCUGAGUUGCAUCCAAAGAACACCAUACCUACUGUGAAGCAUGGGGGUGGAAACAUCAUGCUUUGGGGCUGUUUUUCUGCAAAGGGACCAGGACGACUGAUCCGUGUAAAGGAAAGAAUGAAUGGGGCCAUGUAUCGUGAGAUUUUGAGUGAAAACCUCCUUCCAUCAGCAAGGGCAUUGAAGAUGAAACGUGGCUGGGUCUUUCAGCAUGACAAUGAUCCCAAACACACCGCCCGGGCAACGAAGGAGUGGCUUCGUAAGAAGCAUUUCAAGGUCCUGGAGUGGCCUAGCCAGUCUCCAGAUCUCAACCCCAUAGAAAAUCUUUGGAGGGAGUUGAAAGUCCGUGUUGCCCAGUGACAGCCCCAAAACAUCACUGCUCUAGAGGAGAUCUGCAUGGAGGAAUGGGCCAAAAUACCAGCAACAGUGUGUGAAAACCUUGUGAAGACUUAUAGAAAACGUUUGACCUGUGUCAUUGCCAACAAAGGGUAUAUAACAAAGUAUUGAGAAACUUUUGUUAUUGACCAAAUACUUAUUUUCCACCAUAAUUUGCAAAUAAAUUUAAAAAAAAUCCUACAAUGUGAUUUUCUGGAAAAGAAAUUCUCAUUUUGUCUGUCAUAGUUGACGUGUACCUAUGAUGAAAAUUACAGGCCUCUCUCAUCUUUUUAAGUGGGAGAACUUGCACAAUUGGUGGCUGACUAAAUACUUUUUUCCCCCACUGUAUAUAUAUAUAUAUAUAUAUUUUUUUUUACAUUAGGUCCAAUUAAAUAUAAUAUAUAUAUUUUACAUAGCAACACAUAAUAAGGAGCUCUAACUAAACUUAAAUGAGUGACGCAGUCACAAAGACCCUGAAUAUGAAUGGAAAUGAUAAAGGGGGCAAUAUCUUGCCCGGAUAAUUGCACAGUCUGGGGGCAUUACCUUACUACUACCCACUCAGUGAACUUCAAUAAAGCAGCCUUACUGCGGUUUCCAAUGCAGCACAUUUCUGUAUUGACUUAAUCAGAGGAUUCAAAUGUAAAUGUGGAUUCAAAUGUGGAGCAGUGACCUAGCUGUGUUUCAGCUAAUCCACGACUCUUAUCUGACUUCGACCUAUCGUUCUCCUUGUAGAGAACACUGAGCAAGACAGAGAGCUCCCGCUCACAUACGUCACACUUGAACACAUAGUAUGGCAUGAUAUAGCCUAUAUGCCCCCCCCCCCCCCCCCCCCCUCCUCUGCUGCUAUAUAUAGCUAGCUCAAAACGAGAGCUAUGAGUCAGCGAUUCAGGUUGCAGCUCCUCUACAGAUCUCCACCUCUCUGAAGUAUGAGCCCGGGGCAAAAACCAGAGCUAAGACCUUAACAGCCCAGUGAUUAAAGCAGUCCCAGGGGCUUUGACUCUAUAGUCUACUUACUGGAGCCCAACAGGAUACAGAAUAGUAGUGUAAUGUACUUUACAACCUGCUUUGAUUUCUCUUAUUAAUUGCUGCAGAAUUGAAUGUAUCGAUUUCCCUUGUAAUUUCCUGCUCUUCUUUAUGCUUGGGCAAGAUGUGGGUCAGACACUUAACAUGGCAUGAAUCACUUAAUGUACAGUGUAUUCGGAAAGUAUUCAGACCCCUUCACUUUUUCCACAUUUUGUUACAUUACAUACUUGUUCUAAAAUUGAUUAAAUCGUUUUUUUCCCCCUCAUCAACACAAUACCCCAUAAUGACAAAGCAAAAACAGUUUUUUUGAAAUUUUAGCAAACGCAUAUAAAAAAAAACUGAUAUCAAAUUAACGUAAGUAUUCAGACCCUUUACUCAGUACUUUGUGAAGCACCUUUGGCAGCGAUUACAGCCUCAAGUCUUCUUGGGUAUGACUCAAGCUUGGCACACCUGUAUUUUGGGGAGUUUCUCCCAUUGUUCUCUGCAGAUCUUCUCAAGCUCUGUCAGGUUGGAUGAGGAUCGUUGCUGCACAGCUAUUUUCAGGUCUCUCCAGAGAUGUUCGAUCGGAUUCAAGUCCGGGCUCUGGCUGGGCCACUCAAGGACAUUCAGAGACUAGUCCUGAAGCCACUCCAGCGUUGUCUUGGCUGUGUGCUUAGGGUCGUUGUCCUGUUGGAAGGUGAACCUUCGCCCCAGUCUAAGGUCCUGAGUGCUCUGGAGCAGGUUUUCAUCUGUACUUUGCUGAUUGGUGGAGUGCUGCAGAGAUGGUUGUCCUUCUGGAAGAGGAACUCUGGAGCUCUGUCAGUGAACAUCAGGUUCUUGGUCACCUCCCUGACCAAGCCCCUUCUCCCCCAAUUGCUCAGUUUGGCCGGGCGGCCAGCUCUAGGAAGAGUCUUGGUGAUUCCAAACUUCUUCCAUUUAAGAAUGAUGGAGGCCACUGCGUUCUUGGGGACCUUCAAUGCUGCAGAAAUGUUUUGGUACCCUUCCCCAGAUCUGUGCCUCGACACAAUCAUGUCUCGGAGCUCUACGGACAAUUCCUUCGACCUCAUGGCUUGGUUUUUGCUCCGACAUGCAGUCAAUUGUGGGACCUUAUAUAGACAGGUGUGUGCCUUUUUCAAAUCAUGUCCAAUCAAUUGAAUUUACCACAGGUGGACUCCAAUCAAGUUGUAGAAACAUCUCAUGGAGGGUCUCCUAUCAAAGGGUCUGAACACUUAUGUAAAUAAAAUUUACCUGUUUUUGCUUUGCCAUUAUGGGGUAUUGUGUGUAGAUUGAUAAGGCCAAUUCUUUAAAAAAUCCAUUUUAGAAUAAGUCUGUAACGUAACAAAAUGUGGAAAAGGGGAAGGGGUCUGAAUACUUUGCGAAUGCACUGUAGAUUGUCAACGUAUAGUGUAGAGUGCUGUGUUGCAGUAUAGUGUGUGUCUCUUGCCUGACGGUUGUCCUCUCACCCGUGGCACAGGUGUACUGUGCCGUGUGCUGCAACAGGAGAUGCAAGCUAAAGUACCUGGACAAGGAGUCCCGG